UUUCCAACUUUAUCAGUGGAAAAUUAGAGUUCAAGGGAAAACUAACUGUUUAGAAAAAAAAUAUUCCAACAUGUUGCGAUAUAUUUGUAUUGUCAGUUUUGUUAUUUUCGUAAAUUUCGGGGUUUCGAUUUCACGAAAGUUGGAAGUCGUGAACGGUGUGCCUGCGCAAUUAGGGGAGUUUCCGUUCAUGGCUUCUUUGAGGACAGUCCAAAGAGGUCAUUUUUGCGGAUGUACGUUCCUUAAUGAAGGAUGGUUACUAACUGCUGCUCAUUGUUCAACUGUGACUGAUCCCGACGAAAUAGUAGAAGUGCAAUUUGGAGUAGUGCAAAUUACUCCACCGAGUGGAAAUAUCAUUAAAAUAAGACGAUUUGUUGUUCACGAGGAUUUUGAUCCUAACCCCCCAUAUGUGAAUGACAUCGCCUUGGUUCAAUUGAUGGCUACAGUUUUCUUCGGACCUUUAGUGCGGUCUGUUAGACUUCCACGCUCGAAUGAAGAGGUCUCAUUUGGUGCAUCUGCUACCCUUAUUGGAUGGGGUUUUACAGAGGACGAUGGAUUUAUACAGAAAAAGCUGAAGAAAGCAACCGUGACUAUUUUCUCCGACAAUGAGUGUUUCAAUUCACGCAAUAUUGAUGUGAAACAAGGACAGGUUUGCGCCGGCUCUCGCACAGGUGGCACAGGGCAAUGCAGUGGUGAUUCCGGUGGCCCUUUGUUGUUUGGCAAUGUUCAAGUUGGCGUUGUUUCGUGGAGUCCCAAGCCUUGCGGAAGAGAACCCCAUAUGGGUAUUCUCACGAAAGUUUCACCAUAUGUUGACUGGAUCCAAUCGAAAAUUGGACCUGUAAAUUGAAGUAAUUUGAAUACAAAAUCAUUUAUAAAAUUAA